AUGGGUUCCUUGGUUUCUAUAAUCUUCAUCAUCUUCUUUCCUCUCAUGUUUUCAAUUUCUUUAGCAAGUUCAAGCUCAAUCUAUGAGAAUUUCCUCAAAUGUGCUACAAAUUAUUCUUCUGAAUCAAUAUCUGAACUUGUCUACACUCCUCAAGACUCAUCCUUCUCUUCUAUCUUGAAUUCUACAAUACAUAACCUUAGACUCCUUUCAUCUAAGAACCCUAAACCUCUCUUUAUUCUCACACCUACCCAUGAAUCUCACAUCCAAGCAGCUAUUAUCUGCUCUAAACAAUAUAAUCUGCAGAUCAGAGUCCGGAGCGGUGGCCAUGAUUAUGAAGGCUUAUCUUAUCUAUCUAAUGCUCUGUUCCUCAUUAUUGAUCUCCGUAACCUUCGGUCAAUCGAUGUCAACAUGGAAGACGAGACCGCAUGGGUUCAGGCAGGUGCAACUAUUGGUGAGGUUUAUUAUCGAAUUGCAGAGAAAAGUAGUAUCCAUGGCUUCCCUGCAGGGAUUUGCCACAGUGUGGGCAUUGGUGGGAUGCUCAGUGGAGGUGGAAAAGGCACUAUGGUGAGAAAAUAUGGCCUCGCCUGUGAUAACGUAAUGGAUGCUCGAAUAGUUGAUGUUAAUGGAAGAAUUCUUGAUAGAAAAUCAAUGGGUGAAGAUCUGUUUUGGGCCAUCCGAGGAGGAGGAGCAGCAAGCUUUGGUGUCAUCAUCUCAUGGCAGAUCAGGUUGGUUCCUGUUCCACCUACUGUAACUGUAUUCACAGUAAACAGAACACUAGAACAAGGAGCAACUAAACUUGUUCACAAAUGGCAACACAUAACAGAUAAGUUACAUGAAGAUCUCUUCAUAGCAAUCAUGGUACAUGUUCUAGGUGGAGAGAGAAGAACAAUCCAAGCUUCAUUCAAUUCCUUGUUCCUUGGAAGUUCUAAAGAACUUCUUCCUUUGAUGGAGAACAGCUUCCCAGAGUUAGGAUUGGAGGCCAAGGACUGUAUUGAGAUGAGUUGGAUCAACUCUACCCUCUACUUUGAUGGAUACAGCAAUGGAGAAUCCCCAUUCAACUUUCUAAUGAACAAGACUUCUCAGUCCAAGAUAUUCUUCAAGGCCAAGUCUGAUUUUGUGAAGGAACCCAUUUCUGAAACAGGGCUUGAAAGGCUAUGGAAGUUGUUAAUCCUUGAGGGGGAAGGAGCAUUCAUGGAGAUGGAUCCUCUUGGUGGGAAGAUGAGUGAGAUACCAGAGUCUGAGACUCCAUUUCCACACAGAGCUGGUAACCUGUACAGCAUUCAAUAUAGGGUAAUGUGGGAAGAGGCAGAGGGAGGGAUAAGAGCAACCAAAAAGCAAAUUAAAUGGAUGAGGAAGCUCCACAAGUACAUGACUCCUUAUGUCUCCAAUUCUCCCAGGGCUGCUUAUCUCAACCAUAGAGAUCUUGAUUUGGGUAGAAACAAAUAUGGAAACACAAGCUACUCAAAAGCUACAGUUUGGGGUAGAAAGUAUUUCAAGAAUAACUUCAAAAGAUUGGCGCUUGUAAAGGGCAAGGUUGAUCCAGAUAACUUUUUUUGGGAUGAGCAAAGCAUUCCACCACUUGCCUUAACAGAAUGA